CGAAGGCUCACCUCACCAAAUUUGGAAGAAACAGGUUGAUCAUGCAAUUCGUCACCCUACAACCUACACAAUCGGCGCGGCUUAUAUAAAUGCGUGGCCCCUAAAUGCGUUAGCUAAGUAGGAACAUACUUGUUCUUCAUUUUCAAUCUUCUUUUCAGUUGUAAUCGAAAAAGAAGGAGAUGGCAAUUACUGCCUUUCUGUUCUGGUAUUAUGUCUAUUUAAUGCCUGUAACUAUGGACAUUAGGAUUUUCAAACACUAUCUCCAGAAAAAGAACUUCGAUAACACUCCCUAUGUAACUGCACCGCUUUUCAUCUCUACUCCCAUCCUUCGCUUCCAUACUCAUGGCCGGUGCAAUUGGCGUUUGUAUCCCAAUUCUAGGGAUGAUUCCGUCUUUGCAACCGGAGAAGAAUAUCUUCUUCAUCAUCAAGGCCUUUGCCUCUGGUGUCAUAUUGGCCACCAGAUUUAUCCACAUGCUUCCGGACUCUUUCGACUACUUGACCUCACCGUGCCUGAAAGAAAACCCAUAGGGGAAAUUACCCUUCACCGCCAUCGAAACUUUGAUGGUGGAUUCCAUAUAUCAAUUGCUACUUCUUAUUUCAAAAAGGCUCAGAAUCAGAUCAAUGGAGAGCAUGAGGGGCACAUACAUGUUCAUACACAUGCCACUCAUGGUUCGCUUGAUACGAAUUCGGCUGAAUCACAACUUCUUGGGCACAGAGUGAUUUCAAAGGUUUUGGAGUUGGGAAUUGUGGUGCACUCAGUUAAUAUUGGAAUUUCAUUGGGUGCUUCUGAAGGUGCUGAAACAAUUCGACCUCUUCUAGUUGCUUUGACUUUCCAUCAAGUUUUUGAAGGCAGGGCCAUGGGACUUGGUGGUUGCAUAGCUCAGGCAAUUUCUCCCCCAAUUACUGACGGUCUGUAUAGUCUGUGGCCUUCUUUAGUACCAAGUCAGUAUCAGCAUCUGGCUUAGCAAUGACAUGGCAAGUCACUGGCAUGCACCUUUCCCACAGUAAUGCCCCAAAUGUAACUUUUUCCAUAGGAGCUCUUGUUACCCUGAUGAUAAUAAUCUUGUGGGGGGAAUUUUGCUUGCGUUUUCUUCUAUUUGCAGCAACUGAGAACGACGUCAUAUAUGAGUCGAGGGAACGAACACCCUGAAAUGAUAAGAUCCAUACGUCUUAUGAGUAAAGUAAACACAAAUACAACACAAAACUAAGAGUAAUAUUAAGAUGC